ACGACCUCUAUAAGUCAUUUGACUUAUGACGUAAAUUAUUACGUUACAAUUGUUGCGUCAUAAUAAAAGGCAUAUAGCGUGGAUGGAUGCGUAGCAGUAUAUAGCCGUUGAAAUGUCACUGAGAUGCGGGAGGGAAUAUUGUUUUCUUGACCAGAUAUGUUGUGGACCUCCUUCAGCUGAGUAUUGCUGCUGGGACCAAGAAAUCGAAGUUAGUUCUCCGCCAGUAAUAAUUAUCACGACAGUUUCGAUUGGUUCACUGUUGCUUUUCCUCGGUGUAACAGCUCUUCUGAUUCGAUGUUUGUGCAAGAAGAGACCAACAGCCGGCAGGAUGAUGGGUGCACGGGUACAGCCCAUCAAUGACAAGACAUACCCGACGAAUACAGCUUAUCCACAAGGUCACAUUGUACCACCGCCUAACGUUCAACAGGGAGGGAUGACUCAAACCCGACCAGUCAUAGGGCAGCACACGGCUUACAAUUCGACUACUUAUCCGCCAGGACACGGAGAAGCGCCUUAUCCACAUCAAAUGCAAGUCAUACAAUCAGCGGAACCCCCAAAGUAUCAGGAGGUGACUGCAGGACCUCAUGACAGAGGCCUGCGGAGAGAAAACGCUUCACUAGAGGUAUCCUAUCCCCCGGGGCAUGUUCCACCCCCUUUUGAUUACAAACCGCCGUUUGCACCGCCAGAGUGGCAAAUGUACAACUAACUGGGCGUAAAUAUUUUCUAACCUGUUAAAUAUGAAGCGAACAUUACUUAGUUCAA